GGUUUCCCAGUCAGCACUUUAAUAAUAGAAGCUUUUUGAGUUGUAAAGGGUCAAAAGAUAAGAUUCGCAUGAAUGAUGAUGGGGCGCCAUGAGCACCCAGUUCAUCGAAAUCUUCUCUAUAAAACCCUCAGUCUAGUUUCAUUGCAAGACAUCAAGCGCUCUACGCUACAAGUCUUACUCUGAAUAUUUGCAACAAGUUCAUACAAAGACACCCUCCAAGCAACAGAAGCAAUAGAAGCUCCUUCUAUAGGAUUUUGUAGACCUACAGAUUAUAAAGGUGCUCUUAGUGGAACGGUAGCUGCUAUUAAACAAGCCAAUACCCAAAUUCAGCUUCUAGUUACAAUACUUGAGAAGCUUGAGAAUUUGGAAGACCGAGUCAAGAAUAUUGAAGCAAAGACAAAAUCAACUGCUGAGGUAACUUUACCAGAAGAAAUUAUUCAAGAAUUAUCCCAUAAAAUCAAAAGUUUAUCUCUGAAGGAAAAAGCAAACGAAGGAAGGGGAAAGCUACUUGUGUUCAAAGACCCUUACGAGCUUUUUCAAGAACAAAAGAAGAAAUGACUACCAAAACAACGAUGAACCCUCCUGUUACUACAAACUUAAGAACAAAUACAGACGGUGUACCCCUCUUUGAAGAUCAGGUGCGUAACUACAGACAAAAUCAGAGAAGGAGAUAUCUAGCAGGAAGAGCCUUACAAAGGGUAGCACGGAGAAUAACAGGAAGAGGACCUUAUGCAUAUACCCUCGAACAAUAAUUAGACCCUCAAGUACAAUUAAGGCAAUCCAUGCAGGAAAGGGCUACCCUAGUACCUGCUGAAGUUCUUUAUCAUUCAAGAAGAGAUGAUGCACACCAUCGUGUGUAUAUGCAUCGAUCUGAAGAAGCUAUUCUUGUUACAACUAAUCAAGUUGACAGGGCUUUUAUUCAAGAAGAUAGCUUUCACCAGCUACAAAGAAGUGGAAUGAGAUUUAUUCAUAUGGGGGUAAUACAAGUCAGGAUUCAAAUUCUUCAUCGACAAGAAGAAGGGACUUUAUUACUUGUGGUGUUUCGUGAUAAUAGAUGGCAAGGAGAUCAAGCAAUAUUUGCCACAAUGGAAGUUGAUCUUACGCAUGACAGCCAACUAGUGUAUGUAAUCCCUGAUACAAUGCUAACUAUAUCUGAUUUUUAUCAAAAUAUACAGAUAUCUAUUUUAGCAAGGGGAUAUGAAGGCUGGAGAAAUGGCGAAGCUAAUAUUCUUAUUACUCGAGGAAUGGUUGGGCGAUUAUCCAACACACCGAAUGUUGGAUUUGCAUAUGAAGUCCAAAAUGUUGUGGAUUAUUUUACGAGCCAUGGAGUCAAAGCGUUACCUGGAAGACGAUAUAAUACAAGAGAAUUUAUGGGGCAAAACUGGAUUAUUAGACCAUCAACGAUCAAUAUUCCAUUACAACCGACAGAGGUAACCACUAAUAAUCUUAUUGAUGGCAGGAUUUCACUUCAUUUUGAAAAUUAUCAAGCAACAAGGACACCAACACCACCAGACUACAAUUCCAUUGAUCAAGAGAAUAGUAAUGAUGAUGAAGAAGAAAGGAUGCAUCUAGUGGCUGUUCUAGUCGCUGAACAAGACAUUCUAGUUGCUGAACCAGAAGUGAUUCUCUAUAUCAAAAAGAGAAGUGCAACAGCUAAAACACCAAAAAGGGCAUCAAAAGGAGCAGUUGGAUAUGACCUGGCUAUUGAUCAAGAUUAUAGUAUUCCUCCACGAGGGCAAGAAUUGUUGAGCACUGGUGUCAGUAUAAAAGUUCCUGAAGGCACUUAUGCAAGAAUAGCACCACGCUCAAGUUAUGCUAUUCAAGGAAUUAUCAUAGGAGCUGGAGUUAUUGAUUCAGAUUACAGAGGUGAAGUAAAGAUUUUAGCACAUAAUUUCUCUGACAAUACUUUGUUUUUCAAAGCAGGUGAAUACAUAGCACAAAUAAUUUUGGAGUGCUGCAAAACCCCAAUGGUUAUGCCUGUUCUAGAAUUAGAUAUGACCUCCAGAGGAGAAGAAGGCUUGGCUCAACAACUAUUGACAAGGAACAAAGAAUAGCAGAAACAGAAGCAAGAAGAAAUCAACUAUUACAAGCCAGAAAACAAAAGCAACAAAUUCCUCCUGACAAAGGAAGAUCCUCACGAACUGCAAAGCAAUACUGAAAAGCGAUUGGAUUAAAAUAUUUUACAUCUGAAAACAUUUGGGAUCUACUUCAACCCCAUACUUCCGAGACACUUGAAGAACCUGAGUAUAUUGAAUUCGAAAAAAAAAACUUGGCUUCUUUUUCACAAACUUAGAUAAUGUACUAGACACUAGUAAGAAAUACAAGACUAAGUUUUGCGAGAAAGGAAACUG